AUGAGAAAGAGUCAUCCAAUCGAUUCAUCAUCUAUCCACCCAAAAUCUCACCAAUCCCAAGCUCACCAUGGCGCACAUCCUAACCUACCACACCCACGGCUCGACCCGCACAUUCUCUCCCGCCAUCUCAAACCCCUCUCCCCCUCCCUCUCCCUCUGCCUCCCCCACCCAACACCCCCCCAAACCUACGCCGCCUACGCCGCCCGCUACACGCACGUCUACCCCUCCCAGUCCAAAAUCUACUCGGGGAUCCUCCCACCCACCUCCCGCCACCCAGUAACCCCCAUUCGCGCCACGUUCUCCUCCAUCCUCCUCGCGCAGCGCUCCGCCCUCAAGCGAAUCGAAACCCUCAAAGCCACCAAUUCCGAUCCAGACACCUAUUAUCUCCCCAUCAACGCCGAGCCAAAAUUCCGGGCCGAGCUCAACGACGGAGCAGGUUUUUAUCUGGACAUCUAUUCUUCCUCCGAAGAAGUAAUUUCGCUUCUGCACAAAUGGCCAUUUGACGAUGCGACGAAAGGGAUGAUUCCGAGUAAACGCUUGCCGUAUGUAGAUUUAAUCUUGCAGUUUGACCAGUUGAAUGAGAAGUUGCAUAAAUUGGGACAGGCGAGUUUGGGAUAUCAUGUGAAGUAUCAUUGUAUCCCGAGGAGUGAGAAUCGAGCGGUGGAAGUGGAUGUCAUGGCGGAGCUGGAUAGAUAUGCUGCUAAGCUGGAGAGAAUCAUGAAAGAGGUGGUGGAAGAUGAUGAAACGGAGGAAGAACUGGAGGAACUCCCAAUCUUGAAGACAACGCCGAUAUCGAAAUCAGGGGGAAAGUCAACACCAACCCCGGUAUCGAAAUCAGGGGGAAAAUCAAUACUAACCCCGGUAUCGACCCCGGUACAAAAGCCAAAGCUAAAGCUGAAGCUAACAUCUCGAGACUCCCGGCUUCGUCAAAAUUCCGCACCGAAGGCUCCCGAAUGA